CGCUUGACGAGCCAUUGUUGCUGAGGUUUCCCACGCUGGAGUUCCGGAGCCUGCUGCUCAACGCCAUCGGACGUGACUCCUUCCCCGAUCGAGCCCUCUGGAAGCGCUAUAAGGUGGACCUAGCGGCGCUGCUGCUGCUGCUGGCUGCAGGCGAUGUGGCCGGCUACACGGCUGCGUUGGAGGUGCUGGUGAGCCGCAUGCUGGAGAAGGGAGGGGGUGCGGCGGGCGCGGCGCAGGGGCGGAGGAGGAGGACACGCACGCGGCCCACUCGGCUGGCCGGUGCUGGUAGCGACAAGAGCAGCAGCAGCAGCAGUGGUGGUGGUGGUGGUGGUGGUGGCGGCGGGGAUGUGCAGCUGGGUGGUGCGGUCGCGACAGCAGCAGCAGCAGCGGCAGUACCAGUAGCUGAAGAGGAGGAGACAGGGAUUGAGGCGGCUGGGAGUGGUGGCGGCUGCAGUGGCAGUAGCCGUGCGGCUGCAAGUGCAGCAGCGGCGGCGAGUGCGGCUGCGGACGGGGAUGAGAGGCCGUCGUUACGUGGGUGCUCGUCAGCGUCCUCAUCAGCGCCAUCUCCACAGCAGCAGCUUCAGCCUGUUCCAGGUGAUGCCGACCCAGGGGUUGCUCAGAACCUCGCCUCCGGACGUCCAUCCUCCUCCUCCUCAGCCUCCUCCUCCUCAACCUCCGCAUCCUCCUCAGCCUCCGUUUCCAACCCCCAUUCGGACCGCCGCCGCCGAGCGCUGCGGGCGCAGGUGGACGGCUGGUGCCGGACCACCGUGGGUCCCCUGCCUGCAGACCUGCCCGCAGACCUGCCGGCACAGAUCCAGGAUCCGACGACAACAACAACAACAGCCAUGGGCUCGGCAACAACGACAGCAACCGGCCCCCCUAGCACACCAAGCAAAGGAUCCACAGCCACCGCAGCUGCAGCCGCUGCCUCCUUCUCCCAGCUGCGGCCCCUGUUGGAGCGGGUGAUGGCGCUGGGGGAGCCCGCACCGCUGGUGGACAUCCGCAGGAACGGCAGUCGCACGGAGCUGCAGGUUGCCUCCCUGCUGUCCGGGCAGCUGCCCGAGGGCUGGCGGCUGAUCUCGGGCGCCACGCUGGUGCGGGUGGAGGGCGCCGCCUUCCCCAACCGCAAGGCGCUCAAGGGGGAGGCGGAUGUGUUGCUGGUGGACCCGGAGGGGGUGGUGCAGGCGGUGGUGGAGGUGAAGACGGCCAAGGGCAAUCCGUACGUGGCCCUGUAUGAGGACGUGGAUAAGUUGCUGGGCCUGCUGCGUUUUGUGCGCAACCGCUCCGUCACCGUGCGCCACGGGGGCGGCGGCGAGCUCACCACGCUUCACUUCUCCAAGCGCCUGCGACCCAUCUACGUCCUGGGGUGCGGUGAGCUGCUGACGGCGGAUUGCGGUUGCGCUGGCAGCAGCAGCGGCAGCAGAGGCGAUGAUGGCGGUGAUGUUGGCAGGAUACAAGGCCUGGGAACGGCCGCCUUCACGACCUCAAGUAGUUACUCCUGCUACAACCAGCAGCAGCAGCAGCCAUCACACCCUGAGGUACCGGUACCCUCCGCACACCCCUCCCCCGUGCCCCAGGCGCUACAGCAGAAGCAUGCAGCCCUGUCCCAACUCACCGCCCCCCACAGCUCCUACCCCACCUCCGCUGCCUCCGCCUCCCCCCUCCUGCGCUCCGCCUGGUCCAAGCUUCUCACCAUGGAGCUAGGUCGGCAGCUCUCAUCCUCCUCCUCAUCAUCAUCAUCCUCAUCCUCCUCAGCUGCUGCUGCGGCUGCGGCUGCUGCUAAUACGCCCACAGCGGCCCCAGCUGCAGCCGCUGCUGCUGUUGCUGCUGCUAGCAACCCAGCCGCCGCCCCAGCCGCUGCAGCUGCUGCCGCACUGCAGUUGUCACCAACAUCCCCGUCAUCAAGGGCUGGAGGGGCAGCCUCCACCGCCACAUCCACCUCCUCCGCCGCUGCAACCCCCUCCACCGCUGCUGCCCUAACCAGCGCCUGGGCGGAUGUACGGCUGGCCGCAUGCAGCCCCCAGGCAGUGCUGCUGCAGCUGCCGCCCAAGCUCUACCCCCCGCUGGCUCGCCGAGUGGCCGCCUACUUCACCCGCCUCUCGCACUGCGUCGUCUACCUGAUCAACACCGCACCCGAUGACGCGUAGGGCUCCCGGAGAUGAAGGGGGGAGGGGUGUUGAGAGGGGUGAAGGGGCAGAUGUUCCAACCUGCUCUGCUGUGUUCUGGCAGUACUAACUAAUGUGCGCUUGCAUCCUGCUGUACAUCAUUAUUGGCGUACGGCUGUACGAAUGUACGCUUGCUGUACAAUAAAGGUACUCCUCCCUGCGGUGCUCCUCUGGGGCCCUCUCCAUCCAGGCUAGGCUUUCCUUCCUUCGGAGCGUCGCAUUCCAUGGACUGAAACCAGGGCCUGUGUUUUGUGUUUCUUCCUUUCGUAGUUGACGGAUGUCCAUGCACCAUCCUUCCACGGCCUCUGCGGCAUUGGGUUUCAUGUUUCUUUACGGCUAGUAACACAUUGGGGUUGCUUUCAUGUUGUAAACUGUGAGGUGUGCCAAUACUUUGAUGUGUGCCGAUAUGGAUAGUACGCAUAGUAAGUUCACGUAUUGGUUUUGUUUGUAAUCUGUUGAUGAAGAGUAAGCGCGCGCUAACAGCACGACCCAACACGACAUUCGAGAACCCCUUCUGCGGGCUGGAAAGGUGUGCGUGGUGCAUAGUAUGGCAGUCAUGCUCUAGGUUUUGGGUGGCAUCCAUGCAUUGGGUGACCCAUGGGUCAUUCCGUUGUUUUGUAAUCUUCAUAAGGUCACGUUAUGUGGGUUCCCAGUCACCCCAAAUGUUGUAUGAUUAGGUGGCUGUUCUCCUGAGGCCUUGGGCACUUAUAGUUUAGAAAGAUUGAAGGGCAUAGAGGGCCAUGUGCUGUGUCUAAACCUGGUCGUUGGUAUGUUGGCAAUUUGGAUGCGUGUGCGUGCGUGCAACCCUGUCUUUUGGAUGGAACUGUAGAAGAUAACUGUUUAGCAGUGUUAGCAAUGGUGUUACACUCUUGUAGUUAUGUUGGGAACGGUUAGUGUUCUGGUGUUUUUCUGAUUUCCUUUCAGCAUUUCAUGGGUGCUUGCUGCCUCCUUCUUUGGGUUGUCGUUUGUUUCUUCGUCUUUGUCGCCUUGUCUUGUGCACCGAGCCUGCUCUCUCCCGCGGGUGUCUUUAUGGUGGUCAAGUAGUGGUCUGCGACCAUAUUAGGCGGCGUGGCAGUUGGGUUUGGUUGCCGUGAAGGAAACGUUGUAUUGUGUGUCAGUUUUGGAUGGCGCUCUAGCUGCCUCCUUGCUUGCGCUGGGAGGAUGUUCGGAUGGGAGGUGAGCGGUGUGUUACCGGUAUGUAUGUUGAAAUGCUAUUGGAGUUGAUGGUGCUGCGUACUAUGCGCGCUGGUUUUGGGAUUUGAAAAACACAAGCCUGAGGGGUGAGGGGUUUGCCCAUUCAUGUGCCGGACAUUGCUCAUGUCGAUUUGCUUACUCAUGUUACCAGGCUGUAACACUGCGAAUUCGUCUCGAGCACUGCUUGUAACGCAGUACAUGCC